UUUUUCCAGAUUCAGAUAACUCAUUAUCUAAUGGAAAAGAAAGCAUCUGAUUCAUGGCCUAAAUAUAUGGUUAUGGAAAAUUUAACAGCUGAAGAUGAUAAAAACAUUAGACCUGAAAAACGUCAUUUUCAGAGCGAAUGUGACAGUGAAACCUCUUUACCUAAAAUUAUUGCCACACCAAGAAGGACAGGAGGAAGAGCUCCUGUGACAAACUGUAGCGCCAGAACAUCGGCUAACAAGACCAGCAGUUGUACAUCACGGUCAUUGAGAAGAACCCCAGUAGUCAGAAGUACCAAGAUAAGUUCCUCCAGUAGAAUCCCAGUAGGGAAGGUCAGUUCCACCAAAAGAAGAUCAAACAGUUCCCCGUUAGUGAAAAGUGACAGCAAAAUCAAAACCUCGAAAAGAAAUCCAGUAGAAGAGAAAAGUGCUAGAGAAACCAGUGUGUCCUACAGGACUCCCAUGCUAGAGAAGAAAGCAGUCAAGAUGAGGCUGUUUCUAGAAACUCCAGUAAAAGAAAACUGCAACAUGAACAGAUCUAGUGAAUCUCCAGUACAAAAGCAGUCCAAUAUAAGGGAGUUUAAAUCAUCUGACAAGACUUCAGACUCAAACACAAGCGAGGCAGUGAUACCUAACAUAUGCCAAGUACCAAAAAUGUGUGUCAGCAAGUCAUUAACUCCCAAGUCACAUAAAGUUAUAGAGGAAAUUCAGUCUUUGAAGAAAAAGUCAUUGGAGAAGUUACUGAUGGAGAAUAAAUGUCAUGAAACUGAGAUAUCCGACUUGUUACAAAAUAAAAAAUGUCUUACAGAGAAAGAGAAAUGCAGUUCCUUGGUUGCAAUGGAAGAAUCUAAUUUUACUGACAAAGGAAAAGAAUCUUGUGAAAUUGAGAAAGAUUUGAAAUUAAAACAAAAAGAGGAGUUUAUGAAAGGAGGUGCAUGUGACAGAAAGAUAAAAAUAAGUCAAGAAGUGGACCUUGAGAAGCCACAACUUGAAGGCCUAAAUAAAGAUGUAGAAAAAGAUGUUCAUACUUUAGGCAAAGCAUCCACCUCCUUAACAAAGGAAUGUACAACUGCAACACCUGAUGAAACUGAAUCAGGUUCUGCUGAGGCUUCAGAUGCACUGAUCAUUAGUAAAGACAUUCAGGCAGAGGUAGAGAAAGUAAAGCAAAGAAGAUCCACUAUUGGUCGUGGAAGAAAGUCUGGCCAAAGUAUGGGAGGAAGACAGUCUCUGUGUGCUGCUUUUCCUGUAAUGAGUUUGAGAGAUCAGAUACGCAGAAUUGACAAAGACCUUCCAUGGGCCUCAAAAGUGAGCUGUCUUAUUGACAUAAGCAUCAGAGAAGCACUGCGAAGACUUGAAGAUCGUUUGCCUGAAAAUGAAUGUGUAUCAGAUUUGAAGAUGGAUUUACUGAGAAAAUCUGAGAGCAUAGCUAAAGAACUCUCAUAUAAAAUUGCUGGCUAUCCCUUGGUUGCAGAGGCUUCUUUGCUUAAGUCUUCAUAUGAAGGGGAUGUGAAGGGAAGUGUCAGCAAAAUUGAUGCUUAUAAAAACAGAACAAAGGAACUAGAACAAGAAUACAAGACCUGGAAAAGCUUAAUGAAGGAGAGGAAGAUAGCUUGUCAGACUGCUGAGAGAGAAUUCCGUGAAGCUCAAUCAGGCGAGACGAAAAUUGAUGAUGAGCAAAUCAGCCAGCUGAGCAUUGCACAGCGUUGUAUUCUUGCCAGUAGACCAAAUUAUCAAGAGUACUUACAGAAGCUAGAUGGACAGACAGGGGUUGACAGACGACAAAUAGAACAAAUGUUUGUGUACCAGCAAAAACAAAGGAGCGAUGGUCAUUGUAAUAUUACCUCUGUUAAUCGCUCAUCAAAGUAG